CCUGCCGUUAGCCGUUGUUGUAUCCUAUGCUACUGAACAGAUAUGUUGCGAUACUAACUAGCUACACACUGGCAUUAAAGCCACGGAAAGAUGCGCCUUCACGGGAUUAAAACAAUAAAAGAAACAACAAGAAGUCCGGAAAAACUUUGCCCAACUGUGCCCAAACUUUGAUAGACUACAACCUAAAUCACUUCCCUACAGUUUCGAGUGUGUUAGCAUUGUUUUAUCCCACCACUAUUGCCAUUGGACGCGGUUUUUUUUUCUUCUGGAGCAGUCCAGUCUGAUGAAUUCACCGAAAAAAGACGGAGAUGAUGAUGUGCCCGUUAAAGACCCGGUAAAAUACGGCGAAUUGGUCAUUUUGGGGUACAAUGGAUCUCUUCCAAGCGGAGACCGUGGGCGCAGAAAGAGCCGCUUCGCUCUGUACCGAAGGGCCAAGGCCAACGGUGUCAAACCCAGCGCUGUGCACAUCCUCAACACACCACAGGACAGCAAGGCGGUCCACAGCAGGGGGCAGCACAGCAUCUCUUUCACUCUGUCCCGCAACCAGACAGUGGUGGUGGAGUACUGCCAUGACAACAACACAGACAUGUUCCAGAUUGGACGCUCCACAGAAAGUCCCAUUGACUUUGUGGUGACAGACACCUCCGGAGGGGGAAAGGAGGGGGAGGACCCCUCCAUUGCUCCCAGCACCAUCUCACGUUUUGCCUGCAGAGUGGUGUGUGAACGCAACCCACCAUACACUGCACGCAUCUACGCCGCUGGCUUUGAUUCCUCCAAAAAUAUCUUCUUAGGGGAGAAAGCAACCAAAUGGAAAAACCCUGAUGGGCACAUGGACGGCCUGACCACCAAUGGGGUGCUAGUGAUGCACCCGGAGGGGUUCCCAGAGGACCCCAAGCAGGGUCUGUGGAGGGAGAUCUCAGUCUGUGGAGAUGUCUAUGCCCUGCGAGAGACGCGCUCUGGGCCCAGCCGGGGCAAACUGGCAGAGGGUGAGAGCAGUGCGCUACGUGAUGGUUCCCUGGUUGACCUGUGUGGUGCCACCCUGCUGUGGCGUACAGGUGAGGGGCUGAUGCGUGCUCCCACCCUGCGUCACCUGGAAGCACUUCGCCAGGAGCUCAAUGCGUCUCGGCCCCAGUGUCCUGUAGGCCUCAGCACACUGGCCUUUCCCAGUCUGCCACGCAGCCACAGCCUUGAAGAGCGUCAGCCCUGGGUCUACCUCACUUGCGGCCAUGUCCACGGACGCCACGACUGGGGACAGAGAUCCGAGGGAGUGGAGGAGCCGGGAGAGAGCGACGGUUCCACGGUCCGCCGAGAAUGUCCCCUGUGCAGGAGUGUGGGUCCAUACGUGCCCCUGUGGCUGGGCUGUGAGCCUGCUGUGUACGUGGAUGCUGGAGCUCCCACUCACGGUUUUGUGCCGUGCGGCCACGUCUGCUCAGAGAGGACAGCCAGAUACUGGGCUGAGACCCCACUCCCCCACGGGACGCACGCCUUUAGACCCAUCUGCCCCUUCUGCUCCACUGCCCUCAGCUCCCCCGGCUGGACGCGGCUCAUCUUCCAGGGCCCCAUCGACUAGUCACCACUCCUCAGCAACCACUAUCACAGUAACAGAAAGAUGCCUUAGCUUCAUUCAUGUUGCAAAUGUUAAUCAGUGUUAAGUAGGGAUAGGUAAUGGAUGUGUUAAGCGUGUGUGUUCUGCACUCAGGCCACGCAUUCUGUGUGUAUAACAAACACUGUUAAAAUGUUGUACUGAAUGCAGCUCAAGGCUAAAUAAUCCUUCCCCUUGUUUAUCCUUCGAUGCAUGUUGAUCUGGAGAAUAGGUGAAACUAAUUCACUCUAAACUCUACACCGUGUCCAGUCCUCCAUCAUGAAGGAUUCUGCUGUUUUUCAUUCCGGCCAAAUUCUACAUGAGCUGAUUUCCCUGACGUCCCAACCUUCAACAAGAGAAGCUCCUCAUAAGUAAAAUCUUAAAAUCUUAAACGAUGCUGCUUGACCUUUUGCAAACAAUUAUUUUCAAGCCACUAAAUAUAUACUAUGUCAUACAAAACAAACAGAUCACACUUUCCAUCUGUUUCAGAAGCCAUGUAUGAAAUGACAAGCUCUUUGCACAUAAGAAAGGAAUCGCCUUUUUCCUUAGCUGACCGUGUCGUACACGUCUGCAGCGUCCGUGUGUCCUUAAACUCGGUGAAACGCCACCUCUUGCACUUCUCGGCCAGAUAUCUGACUGCCUCUUUAUUUCCAAAACAUGUUACUGUAAUUGUUGUGAACUGCUGCCACUCAGUAAUUGUUUUUUUCUUUAUUAGCUGUGGUAGCACUUUCAUCGCCAAAUAAAACCCAUCUGGCUUCACCUCCUGCAAAAACAAAACCCCACCAUCACCUUUCACUAACUAUUUAUGGUAAAUGUGGGACGUUACAAGAUGAGACCAGAGGCUUGUGCUUCUAUUCAACAUUUCCUAGUUAGUCAUCAAGGGAAAUGUAUUAAUCAUAGUUACUAUCAGGACGUUCAUAUUCAUCAUCUUUUGCCUUUAUGUAUCAUUUUAGUGUGAAAUCUAUGCAGAGAGACCCCAUAAUGUAUCCCCUUGUGUAAUAUUAGGUUGGAAUGAAAACCUGCAGACUCUCUGAUUAACUCUGGAGCACUGGAGGGAAACACUACAGGCUGUAUGAUCGUACCACACAAAAAGUAUUCACCUGUUAUAAGGCCAGAUUGUAUCUGAUAAACAUGACGAUGAUAAACAAGGGCUAGGGAUGAAACUGGGUAAAAUCCACUUCAUAACUCUCUACAGCAAUAAUAGCACUCCCGUAGAUAAGCUAGAUGUUGUGCUAUGUUUAGCCAAGUGUCACGUCAGCAGUUCCUUCAAACAUGGCUGAAAUGGUUUUCCGGGUUAAGGGCUCAACCAGAGGCGUGUUCAAUACGAUGAUUUAUGUGAGUUCCAAAUGAGGUUUUAGACCAGUGAUGUGAAGUAGGUGUGAUUUAACCAAAGCACUAGAAUUUAAAGAUAAGCAACUGAAUCAGCGAUGAAAUAUACCUGACUCACGAUUUAUGUAAAUGCUCAUUUUCAGAUGCAUUAGCAGCCGAAACAUGCUGACAGAAAUGAGCACGUUAAGGCUGCAGAAGAACACAGCAGACGUCACCAUAAGAACAUACUGUGUUGCUACUGUGUUACUAAUGUACUAAUGUACUUAACGUGUUACUUUGAACACACUUCUGGUUACUGAAUUAUGCUAAACAGGGUCCAUGUUAGUAUGAUGGAGUGUCAAAAAGGUUUGACCUUGUGUAACCUCAAAAGAUAACCUUUUCCUUUUUGUUUCAAAGAAGACUAUUUUGUUAGGAAAUGGGGAGGGGUUUAUUUGGGGAAGCGGGAGGAAUUCUUUUAGAUGUUUAGUGUUAAAAAAAAAAACCAAUAACUAUUUUUCUAACUUAAAAUUGGUUUUAGUUCUCUGUUGUUACUCAGUGUAAGCAAGUUCUGUAUGUUUCUGAAUAUUAUCGUGUGGUAGAUCUAGGAGAGCUUGUGAGUGAGAAAACAUUGCCAACACUGUGUCCAACAAACACACACUUAACACACUGCUACCGUAACAAAACACAUUGCCCAGACAAUGAAUGUAGCCAAAUACUCAGGCUAUAUUUAGCCUUCCCUGGUGCUCAUAUUGAAUGGUCUAUAUUGUGAUACUAUUUUUGUAACCGAAUAUUAUGGUGUAGCUUGGUGAACUAGAUCGAAAAAGUCAGAUAAUUUCAAUACUAGUGUGGAAGACGUAUAAUUGAUAACACACGCUCACAUGGAAAUUGUGUCUAGCUUGCAUGUGCUGAACGUACACAUACAGUAUGUACACUACACGUACACUUACUCGAGAAACUUUGCACGGUUGAUUGCCAACCUGUUACUCAUGCUGAGAGCGUUUUGUCGCAGGCCAAGAUGUCUUCCGAGUCCUCAGCUGUUAACAACGCUGCAUUUGUUUAUGUUUGGUUCAUUUUUUGGAAGACCUCUCCAAAAGAGAAAAAAAAAAAAAAGAAUAGAGAGCCUAAAAAAAGAAAAUCCUCAUACUUGAUAGAUUGCGUGACGUUUGUGAAUGAAUCCUAUCGAGUCCCACUUUGUACUACUAUGCUAAUAUUUUCCACCAAACAAGAUCACACAUCAACACUUGUUUUCAUUUUGUAUUUAGACUAAUCAUAGAACAUUUCUAUUGAAAGUCGGCCGGCUGCUUUACAAAAAAAAAAAAAAAAAGUCUAAAUACAAGAUUUAAACUCCCGACAGUGCGAUGGAUAAUUGACGUAGUGUUGAUAAUUACUGUAGCUCAGGAUUAGCGAUUUCAUGGCUGGCAAGAAGGCUGGUAGACGACACUUUAGUCAAGAAGUUUCACUUCUGGUAAAACACAUUAACGAGACAUGUGAGAGGUAAUCAUCUAAUGUAUUGGCCAGAGUAUAGAUGGCAUACUGUAGGGCAGAUCACCACAGGUCUAGGAUCAGUCACACACGGGUCUUAUACACACAAAAAAAGGGGGUCUAGUGAAACAGGCACAAACAGGCUAUGGAAACAUCUCGAUCAGCUGCCUUUUACUAAGCACGCCAAAACCAGUGAAUCCUGCUUUUGAAGAUAAUAUAUACAAUGAUUAAUGUAACACCAUUGGCAUGUGGAUGGAAGAACCGUUGCAGCACCCUCAUUGGCUUCUAGUUUAUGACCUGACAUAUUUAUUUUAGCUGAUUUUUCCUUCCUCUUUCUUUGUUUAAUUCUUCUGUUCGAGCCCUCUUUGGGUUAUAGGUGUCCAUAUGUAAUUUCCUUUCCCUCGUUUUUAGAGUUUAGUGUCAUUGGAUAUUUCAGAUACAGUAUUUUUUAGCAGGGCAUCAGGUUGUUUAAUACCACCAGUAACAUUAUUAGCUCUUCCCCAACUUUUUUUUUUUUUUUAACUAUAUGUAUCAGUUGACCUUCAUUCCAGAUGGCAAAACCUCAACUUAUGAACUCAUCUUACGACAGGUGAGUGAGUAGCCGACACGUAUUAUACAGCGUAAAACCUCACAGUUACUAAUGCAUUCCUUUAAAUACAUCUGUGUUAUGUACAGCUAUUUUGUAUUAUUUUAUAUCAUAUUCUUCUGUAAUCAUCUGGUGCACAGACAAUCGCUAUACACAUGUCAAUAAACCUGUUAAAAAGUU